UGUACGUACACACUAUACGGAUAGGCGAGGAAACCUGAAUUCACAUGUAUGAACAAGAUUCAGAAGGUAUAAAUUUUGGCUUGGGUGAAAACUUCGACAGUAUCUUUCGAGCUCUUGUCGAAGUAACUUCUAGUGAAUAUUCAAGAUGACUGGUCGUGGAAAAGGUGGCAAAGGAUUGGGAAAAGGAGGAGCAAAGCGUCAUCGCAAGGUUCUUCGUGAUAACAUCCAAGGUAUCACAAAACCAGCAAUCCGUCGUUUGGCUCGUCGAGGUGGUGUGAAGCGUAUCUCAGGUCUCAUCUAUGAGGAAACUCGUGGUGUCUUGAAAGUGUUUUUGGAAAACGUUAUCCGUGACGCUGUUACAUACACUGAACACGCCAAGAGGAAGACCGUCACCGCCAUGGAUGUAGUCUACGCACUAAAACGCCAAGGACGCACCCUCUACGGUUUCGGUGGUUAAGCGAAUACAAUACCGAACAAUAUUGUUCGAAGAGAAUUGCAGAAAACGGCCCUUUUCAGGGCCAAAG